ACGUCGGCCUUUCAGUUCCUGCAUCCAAGAUCUUAUCUGCGGUAUUUCUUCGAUCUCAAAACCAUGACGACAAGACAGACGAGCGUGAAAUUAUCUUCUUCAAUUACAUUUGUCAUGUUGAUAAUGACAAUUGUAAAUGUAGUAUUUGUUAUGUCAUCAUCGUCAUCCCAAUUGAAUUUAACGGCUGUGAAUCAUAGUCCGGUAAAUCAUGGUCCUUGGGCAGAAGUUCUUGAAAAUUGGAUUACUCUUCAAUCCAACAAUUCUCGUACUGCGCGAGCAAUGAAAAUUGGCGAUAAGACUGUGACAGUAUCGACUAAGGUUACCACAACAAAUAAAAGAGAUGUUUCUGAAACCGAUCUUUAUCUACUUGGUGCCAUUGAAAAGUUGGUGUACAGAGUAGAUUAUCUAGAAAAACGAGUAAGAAGAGCAGAAGAACUAUUAUACUACGUUAUUGCUGGUAACAACAAAAUUUCAGAACCUUGUCCUGCCAAUUAUACGAGAAUGGGCCAAAAUUGUUAUCACUUCAGUAAUCGUGAUUUUAAUUGGAAAUCAUCAGCAAGUCUUUGCCGUGGUAUGGGUGGACAUUUGGUUGAAUUCGACACAAUCGAAGAAAGCCAAGAUGUAAUUACGGGUUUAAUGUCGGACGCGAAAUUGAAGGGCAAAAAUUUCUGGACGGGAGGAUUAAAUCCAGGACUUUUAUGGAUCUGGGCCAGCAGUGCCAGACCAGUUCAUCAAGAUACUAAGCAGUCCGUCAUUGGUGAUGGCAGAUGCUUAAAGUUAACUUUCAACGCAUCGUCGAAAAUUUACUCGUACAGAGGUGAAGAUUGCGGCUCGAGGCAAAAAUAUAUUUGUGAAUUGACAGUUGAUGAUGAAUCGACAAAUAGGAUUGAAAGAACAGCACGAUUUUUAAUUGAUAAAAAUGAUUAGACAUAUUCUAAUAACGUAUAAAAAUAGGAUAAUA